GGGGCCGGCGCCUCAACUGAGUUGCAAGUCGGCGAAAGCGGCGGGAAGUUCGUACUGGGCAGAAGGCGACCGGUCUGCGGUUCCGGUGUCUUCUGCCGCACAAAAGGUUUUAAUUUUGAUGAAGUCCAACUUGUCAAUGUAUGGAUCGUUUUUGGUGUCGGGCACGUCUCAGACUUCUUUGCCAAACUCUAGGGAGAAUGCCUCGUGUAAAAGCAGCUCAAGCUGGAAGACAGGGCCCUGCGAAGAGACGUCUUGCAGAACAUUUUGCAGCUGGGGAGAUAAUCACUGACAUGACAAAAAAGGAAUGGAAACUAGGAUCGCCCAUUGGCCAAGGUGGCUUUGGUUGUAUAUAUCUCGCAGCUGCAGGGAGAAGGCCCAGCAGUGUGACUGAACAAGUCUCCAGGGGAUUUGGGUGCAUGUGAAAGUUUGAGGAUCACUGAUAUAGAUGGAAGAGCAGCUGGUCUUCAGGAGGGGUUGACUCAACUUCCAGGCCCGGGCUCUAGAGCUGAUAUGAAUUCUUCAAAAUCAGUGGGCAGCGAUGCACCCUGUGUUGUGAAAGUGGAACCCAGUGACAACGGACCUCUUUUUACUGAAUUGAAGUUCUACCAGCGAGCUGCCAAACCAGAGCAAAUUCAGAAAUGGAUUCGUGCCCAUAAACUGAAGUACCUGGGUGUUCCUAAGUACUGGGGGUCUGGUCUACAUGAUAAAAAUGGGAAAAGUUACAGAUUUAUGAUAAUGGAUCGCUUUGGGAGUGACCUUCAGAAAAUAUAUGAAGCAAAUGCCAAAAGGUUUUCCCGGAAAACGGUCUUGCAGCUAAGCUUAAGAAUUCUGGAUAUCCUGGAAUAUAUUCACGAGCACGAGUAUGUACACGGCGAUAUCAAGGCCUCAAAUCUUCUGCUCAGCUAUAAGAAUCCUGACCAGGUGUACUUGGUAGACUAUGGCCUUGCUUAUCGCUACUGCCCAGAAGGAAUUCAUAAAGAAUACAAAGAAGACCCCAAAAGAUGUCACGAUGGCACCAUUGAGUUCACCAGCAUCGACGCGCACAACGGUGUGGCCCCAUCACGACGCGGUGAUUUGGAAAUCCUUGGUUAUUGCAUGGUCCAGUGGCUUAGUGGCCAUCUUCCUUGGGAGGAUAAUUUGAAAGAUCCUAACUAUGUUAGAGAUUCCAAAAUUAGAUACAGAGAAAAUAUUGCAGGUUUGAUGGACAAAUGUUUUCCUGAGAAAAACAAGCCAGAUGAAAUUGCUAAGUACAUGGAAACAGUGAAAUUACUGGAUUAUGCUGAGAAACCUCUUUAUCAAAAGUUACGAGAGAUUCUUUUGCAAGGACUGAAAGCCAUAGGAAGUAAGGAUGAUGGCAAGCUGGACCUGGGCGCUGUGGAGAAUGGAGAUGUGAAAGGAAAAACAGUAGCAAAGAAGAGAAAGAAAGAAAUUGAGGAAAGCGCAGGAUCUAGCGUUGAAGACAUGGACUGCUCAGAAACCCAGGCAGAAGAGGCCCCACAAACCCGUUCAAAAACCAGAAAGAGAAUCCAGAAGUAAAUCAAAUACUGUGAACCAGUUGUUCUUUUCUUUCUUUCAUUUGACUUUUUCCUCUUUUUCUGUAUUAAGUGUUUUAUUUUCGUGUGAGUCUUGUUGGGGGGGUAACAAUAAAGUACCUAUGUCUUUGAAAAACAAAUUUUUUAUUAAAAUAAAGACUUUAUACAAUUUAUUAAAGCCUAAUUUAUAAAAUUUCACCGUCUUAAGUUUAUACCCUUUAAGCUAUCCCAUGCUGUGUGUGUUUGAGGUUCUGGAGGGCAUGUAAGAAAACUUACUGUGGCAUAUGCACCUUCCUAAUCAUGUAUGUUUCCCAGAGUAUAUAAAAUGUUUGACAGAAUCCUUACCUUUAAGGGCCUAUGCAAAAUAAAGGCUUCGUUGUGCUUGAUACAAACACACAA